AUGAAAAUCUCCACUACACUGCUACAGCAGGGAUCUAAAGUUAUCGACAAGUACUCAUUGUACGUACCAAAAACAGGUACCUUUCCAAAAGGCUUUAAAGUAGCUUCUGCCGCUACGGGUGUCAAGAAAAAUGGAAACCUCGAUUUGGGUAUCAUUUUAAAUACCAACCAAAGUUAUCCUUCGUCUGCAGCAGCAGUUUUCACCACCAAUAAGUUUAAGGCUGCACCUGUUUUACUUUCGCAUAAGGUGUUAGAAGAGUCUUCUGGUAAGAACGUCAAUGCAAUUGUGGUCAAUUCAGGUUGUGCCAACUCAGUCACUGGUGAUGUUGGUAUGAAAGAUGCUCGUGAAAUGGUUGGAUUGGUUAACGAACAAUUGCACCAAGAAAACUCUACUUUGGUGAUGUCUACUGGUGUCAUCGGUCAAAGAUUGCAAUUGAACAAGAUCUCUCAGGGAAUUAAGGACAUCUUCGGCCAGAACAAGUUUGGCACAGAUUUUGAAUCAUGGCUCAACAUAUCCAAAUGUAUUUGCACCACCGAUACUUUCCCAAAAUUGAUCACUUCAAAAUUCACCCUUCCAAAUGGUACUGAAUAUACUUUGACUGGUAUGGCUAAAGGUGCUGGUAUGAUUUGUCCUAACAUGGCUACACUUCUAGGUUUUAUCGUUACAGACUUGCCGAUCCAAAGUCAAGCUCUACAAAAGAUGUUGCGUUUCUCUACUGAACGUUCAUUCAACUGUAUUUCUGUUGAUGGUGAUAUGAGUACCAACGAUACUAUUUGUAUGAUUGCUAACGGUGCUGUUGAGACUCCCGAAAUUACAGAAACUUCCUCUGACUAUGAACAAGUUAAGUUGCAAGUGACUGAGUUCGGUAAGAGAUUAGCUCAACUUGUUGUGCGCGAUGGUGAAGGUGCUACCAAAUUCGUUACUGUUAAUGUCAAAAAUGCUUUGAAUUUCGCUGAUGCAAAGAUUAUCGCAGAAUCCAUCUCCAACUCAAUGCUUGUCAAGACUGCGUUGUAUGGUAAGGAUGCUAACUGGGGUAGAAUUCUAUGCGCCAUUGGCUACGCAAAAUUGGGCGAUUUGAGUUCAUUAGACGUUGACAAAAUUAAUGUAAGUUUCAUUGCGACUGAUAACUCUGAGCCUCGCGAAUUGAAACUUGUGGUAAACGGUGUUCCUCAAUUGGAAAUUGAUGAAGAAAGAGCCUCUGAAAUCCUGGCUCUCACAGAUCUCGAGGUCUUGGUUGAUCUAGGGACUGGUAGCGAAGAAGCUCAGUUCUGGACCUGCGAUUUGUCCCACGAGUAUGUCACCAUUAAUGGUGAUUAUAGAUCAUAG